AUGAAGUCCUUCGCCAUUCUUGCCAUUGUCGCUGCUGUUGCCUUUGCUCAACACACCCGGCCGACCCCGAACCCGUGCCAAAUCUGUGAAUAUGUCGUUGGCCAGGCUGAGCAUCGCCUCCGCGGACCCAUCGACAAGGGAGAGCUCCAGGUCUUCUUGCUCGCGGAUUGCGAGUCGUUGAGGCGAUUCGAAGGCCAGGCAGCCACCGAUGCCUGCAUCCAACUGAUCGACACCAACAUUGACCUCAUCUACAACGACGUCAAGAACGGCAAGCACGCCCGCGACGUUUGCGUCGACCUGAAGCAGUGC